AUGUAUAAACAUCCAUAUAUAAAGUUCGGCAGCCUGCUGUUGGCUAUGUGGUUCGCGUUGACUGCCUCGCAGAUACAACCGCGUGAGACGAAUACCUGUGAGGGUCGCCAAACUACCGGAAACAUUUGUGAAUCAUGCGAAUUGCUGUCCACAUGCGUGCGUAACUCCAGCGGUUGGAUGACAAUCCCCAUUGAGAUAUGCGACACCGCCAAGGGCUUCUACUGCAACUCACGUGCCGGCAUGUGCAGCAAUUCGACCGGACCGUGUCAUCCCUUCGCCAUGGAUGGCAAUUUUCCAUGCACCUCGCAGGGUAUCUUCCCCGAUCCGUACGAUUGUCAGAAAUAUCACAUGUGCUACUUUGCGGGCGUUACUCUGGUGGCGGUAACACUGGAAUGUUACGGUAACAAGGCAUUCAAUGCGGCAAGUGGUCAAUGUACGGCAACACUGCAAGAUUCCAUCUGUUUGUUGCCGCAAUUUCAAUGUGACAAUGUUGGUGAUGCGCAUCCAUGGCCGAAUAGUCCGAAUGUUUUCUACAUUUGUCGUGCGCUUUCGCAGCAAGAUGAACGUGUACUCUAUCCAUCGCUUUAUCGGUGUUCUGAUGGUGAGGUCUUUAACGGUUAUGGCUGUCAACAAGGCAACACACAAGUGGAUAUCACAACAAGUUCUCCCGCAGCGACCGUAACGGCGGUAACAGCAGUAACAGCGAUUAGCGGUUCAGGUACUGGCACUACCACAACGGUGUCUCCUUCCACUGGCAGAUGUUCGGUGGCUGGUUUAUCGGCCGAUCCAGAAGAUUGUACCAAGUACUAUUACUGUUCGGCGGUGAAUGGAGUGCAGCGCCGUCGCAGUUGUCCAUCGGGUACUCAUUUCAGUACUCAGUACGUGUCUUGUGUCUUGGGUGCAUGCGGAAAGUAA